AUGGCGCCUCAGAAAGACAAGAAGCUUAAGAGAACAACCCCCAAGUUUAAUUUGGACCUCAUUCAUCCUGUAGAAGAUGGGAUUUUUGAUUCUGGAAAUUUUGUUGUUUUUGAGAAACAGUUCUCUAAGAGGUAUUUGAAAUAUCUUACCAAGAAAUACCUUAAGAAUAAUCUUCGUGAUUGGCUUCAUGUGGUUGCAUCUGACAAGGAGACUUACGAACUUCGUUAUUUCCAAAUUAGUCAAGAUGAAGAUGAGUCAGAGUCUGAGGACUAA